UUCCCGUCGAUCUGCGUUCUUCGGCUGGGGGUUGGACCUAGGUUCGACGUCUGUUAACUACCCCGCAGACUGGUUUAUAAAUCAUCCUUGGGCGCUCCGACUAUUGCAUUAUCAUUCUGAAAGUGAUGAGCUCAGCGUUCUUUGUUCCGAUACGCUCUGCCUGGUCGUUAAGAUACCACACAGCCGGACCGCCGUUGCGACGACACGGCACGCCGCAAGGAGUUAUUCAAGCACCGUGUCGACAGUUCCUGCUGCAGAGGACAUAUUAUUAUUCGACAGGUUCUGGGCUCGAAAAUUCCCCAACAGCCAGUAUGCCGAACAAUACAAGCUCGAAGUCGAAGAAGCCAGCGAUUCCCAGGCCCAGCGCCAGCGUGAUACUGGUCUCGCCUAGGAACGAGAUUCUCCUGCUCCACCGUGUGCAGACGUCUUCGUCCUUCCCCUCAGCCCAUGUCUUCCCUGGAGGCAACCUGUCGUCGCAAGACGGCGAUCUACCCAGCAUAGACGAUCCUAAAAGACACGAUGAUGCACCGUGCUACCGACGUGGUGCACUCAGAGAGCUGUUCGAAGAGAGCGGGAUCCUCCUGGCAAAGGAGGGCUCUUCGUCACGAAUGCUAGCCGUCAGUGAGACUGCCAGACAACACGGACGACGGGCAAUCCAUCAGCAGGAGGUGACAUUCGAACAAUGGCUUAAAUCACAACAUGCAGCUGCUGAGCCAGAUACAGAGUCGUUGAUACCAUUUACGCACUGGAUCACUCCGAUCAAUAGCCCGAAAAGGUACACUACGCAAAUGUAUCUCUAUAUGUUACCUUUUCCGCAGGAACUGGACCGGCAGCUGCUGGGCGAUGUCUUGGUCGAGGGCCAACAGGAAGCCGUUCAAACCCCUACUGAUGACGGUGGCAUCGAGGUUACAGAAGCCCGAUUCUUACCUGCAUCCGAAUGGCUUCGGAUGGCGCGCAGCGAGGAGGCCAUUCUAUUUCCUCCACAGUUUCUGCUGCUUCACCUAAUAUCGCAGUUCCUCGACCGAGACCCAAGACCCGUCGAGUCAGUGGAGGAGCUGAAGAAGCGGAGAACAGAGCUGGUCGAGUUUGUCCACUCGGGGAAUCCACCAUGGACACACAAAUUCAUCUCGCCGAAGAUGCUCAAGAUGUCCCAAGACGGACGCAGCGUGCUGGCGCUGGAUGACCCGGGGCCAGAGCUGAAGGGGAGCGACAAGAAGGGGGAUGCAGACCUCGUUAUCGUUGUUCGAUUCCAACGGGAAGGAAUGCAAAAGGGAGGGAGUCCACGAGAGGUGGACGUAGUUUCCAGGAGUGAUGUAUUUCGAGAGACUAAGAUAUAACCAAGCAAUUACUCUCUGUGUACUUGUAACUUGAGUCUAUUGAGUCUGUUAAAAUGCCAGUUAAUGCCACGCCCUUUACAUAAGCAAAAUUGCUCUGUGCACGGAUUAGGCGACUCGGCCACGCACCGCGACAAGCCCUCGAUAAAAGGUCACAUGACCCACACAAACCCGCCGAACUUUGGUCCUCAGGUCACGC